UUGUGUUUGUGUUCUGUGUGUGUGCCAUGGACUCAGCAGCGGCAGCCCAGUGAUACUAGUGACAAUAGAGAGGAGGGAAGUGACAAGAGGGGGGCAGCAGCCGCGCACACAGCCCCCAGCCCGCUCUCCUGUCCCGCCGCAGCCCGGGGAAUGUGACUGCCGCUCGCUGGGACCAUCGCUGAGGUGAUUGUGGACGGAGGAUUAUCCCGGGCUCACAGGAAGAAGGUGCUGGGGGGGAAUCGCUGAGGACUGAGGCCUAAACUGUCAGCAAGGCGACAAGAGAGGGCAGGGAGACCCAGGAAACCCCCAACCCAGGCUCUAAUCCCUGGUGAGAGAUCUAAGUAGGGAUAUGUCCUCAGCACCAACCACUCCUCCAUCAGUGGAUAAAGUAGACGGAUUUUCACGGAAGUCCGUCCGAAAAGCCAGGCAGAAGAGGUCGCAAAGCUCCUCUCAGUUUAGGUCUCAGGGCAAGCCUAUCGAGUUAACACCUCUGCCUCUGCUUAAAGACGUCCCAACCUCAGAGCAGCCUGAACUGUUCCUCAAGAAGCUUCAGCAGUGCUGUGUCAUUUUUGAUUUUAUGGAUACACUGUCUGAUCUUAAAAUGAAAGAAUACAAGCGCUCUACUCUGAAUGAGUUGGUAGACUACAUCACGAUAAGCAGAGGCUGCCUCACAGAACAGACCUACCCUGAAGUAGUAAGAAUGGUAUCCUGCAAUAUAUUUAGGACACUCCCACCGAGUGACAGCAAUGAGUUUGAUCCGGAGGAAGAUGAGCCCACGCUUGAAGCGUCAUGGCCGCACUUACAGCUUGUAUAUGAAUUUUUCAUACGAUUUUUGGAAAGCCAAGAAUUUCAGCCCAGCGUUGCCAAAAAGUACAUAGAUCAAAAAUUUGUAUUACAGCUCUUAGAGCUGUUCGACAGUGAAGACCCUCGUGAAAGGGACUAUUUAAAAACAGUCUUACACAGAAUUUAUGGCAAAUUUCUGGGACUUAGAGCAUUUAUUCGAAAACAGAUUAACAAUAUUUUUCUACGAUUUGUUUAUGAAACUGAGCACUUUAAUGGUGUAGCAGAACUGCUGGAAAUAUUAGGAAGUAUUAUUAAUGGCUUUGCAUUACCUCUGAAAGCUGAGCAUAAGCAAUUCCUUGUGAAAGUACUGAUUCCUCUGCAUACUGUCAGGAGCUUAUCCCUCUUCCAUGCACAGCUGGCAUAUUGUAUAGUACAGUUUCUGGAAAAAGACCCUUCCCUCACAGAACCAGUUAUUAGAGGACUGAUGAAGUUCUGGCCAAAGACCUGUAGUCAAAAAGAGGUCAUGUUUCUUGGAGAGCUGGAAGAGAUUUUGGAUGUCAUUGAACCUUCACAAUUUGUCAAAAUCCAGGAGCCUUUGUUUAAACAGAUAUCCAAGUGUGUUUCCAGCCCUCAUUUCCAGGUGGCAGAACGAGCUUUAUACUAUUGGAACAACGAAUACAUCAUGAGUUUAAUAGAGGAGAAUUCAAAUGUGAUCCUUCCCAUAAUGUUCGCAAGCCUGUACAGGAUUUCUAAAGAACACUGGAAUCCGGCAAUCGUGGCUCUCGUCUACAACGUGUUGAAAGCGUUUAUGGAGAUGAACAGCACCUUAUUCGAUGAACUGACAGCCACUUACAAGUCAGAUCGCCAGCGUGAGAAGAAAAAAGAAAAGGAACGGGAAGAACUAUGGAAAAAAUUAGAGGACCUUGAAUUGAAGAGAGGUCUAAGAAGCGAUGGGAUUAUCCCAACUUAACAAAGGAAAUGACUGCGUCUUUAUCCUGUGGAGUCACAUGUAUGUAGUAGAAGAUGGAGCAGCAGUUUUCUGUAUUGUGCAACUUUACAGUAGAUAACAUUCGUUUCAUUAUUACAACAGCACUGUAUAUAACUGUCUAAGUAAAGAGAGAGAAAAAACAAUAUAUGGACUCUAAUCCAAAGUUUGGACACUAGAUGAACUUCUCAGAACUUUGCAAACAUAAUCAUUGUUUCUUUACAUCCUCUUGGAUCCCUCGAUGAAAUUUUACUGUGUCAAAAUUCCCAUUUGUCAGACACUUGAUAUUUAUCAUUGGCAAACAGAGUAUCACAGUGUUUCAGAUCCAGGCACCCUGAUUAAAUUUAGCUUAUCUUUCUGCUAAACUGUUUAAAUCUAUUUAUAUAGUUAAAACAAAAAAAAGGCAAAAAAAUAAAACCCCAAAACAAAAAAACAAACCCAUAAAUUCUGAAUUUGCGGAACAUCCUCCUUCUCUGGGUAAUUUUUUUUUUUUUUUUCCCGUCUCCUCCUCUUGGUAAUUUUAUUUUUUAUUUUUUGUGUCCUUUGCACAUUUUCCAGAGCUGAAUGUCUUUGCAGAACUGUUACCUGUAACGGUUUUGUGUACUGGUGUGUGUGUUAUAUAUAUAUAUAUAUAUAUAUAUAUAUAUAUAUAUAUAUUAUAUUAUAUUAUAUUAUAUUAUAUUAUAUUUGUGUAAGAUACCAGUUUAGCUCUGGCGCUUAUUUUCAUUUUGAAUAUUGGGUAUGCAUAAGAGAGUACAGCAGAACGACAGGUGUACAUUCAGCAAUUUAUGUUCAAAAUGAGCCUACGUUCUCUGUUUAUUUAACACCGUUGACAAUGUAAAACCCAACCAGUAUUAGUUGUAUCUUCUACACCAUUGCAACACAACACAGGGCUGUUUUAGAAAUAUAUAUAUUUUAGCCAUUAGUAUCCUACAAAUUUUAUUGGACCAUUUUGAAAUAAAUAAAUAUAAUUUAAAAAAACAAACACUAAACAGUACAAAUGGGACUAGGGAGUCGGAUCGGUACCGAUUGUAUUCAGAGGUGAACAAUAGAAACAGUUUGAGCUGUUUGGAAGUCAUUGCCUUAUUUUAUAGUAAUAUGUAUUAAUAAAGUAUUCCAGCAAAUGAGGAUGUUAGCCUCGGGGGGGGAUAUUCAAAAAUAAAUCAUGUUGCAGUGUUUUUGUGGACUUUUAGAUCUUAAUGUCACAGUGCCAGUCCUGCUGGAAAGGUGUGCCUGCAACAUCAGUCUGCAUUCUGAUCUGGAUGCUCAUUCUCAACUACUGUAUUUACCAUCGAAAGUGGUUCUUCAUAUGCUACUGAAAAAAAAAAAGAAUGAAAUUCUGGAAAUUCCUAUUGUCCUGAGUAUUAAUAAAGUUUAAAAAUGCUUUUAUAUCAAA